CUGCAAAUACUAAUUUCCUCGUUUUUUCCUUCACUCGCCACAACUUUCUUUUCCUUAUCGACCAAGAAAUUCAGCUUGUCGCCAAAUUGGGCGAUUCUUCAUUCACAAAUCCCUAUAAAAGCUACAUUAUUUCACCAAAAUUCACAGCAAACAAAAACCUAAUUAAUCAUCCCAUGGAAAAAUACUCCGAUUCCGACAUCACUCUCCGGCCUCUGGAAAUCUCCGACGCCGACGCCGCCGUGAAAUGGUACAUGGACGAGAAGGUGAGCGAAUUCUGCUCGUGGGAGGCGUUCCCGUCGCCCGAAUCGGCCGCGGAUUACUUCGUGCGGCACGAUCUGACCCACCCGUGGAACCGGGCGAUAUGCGCGUCGGGUCGGGUCGUGGGGUCGAUCGCGGUGAAGCCGUUCCGCGGCAGCGACCGGUGCCGGGCGGAGCUCGGGUACGGGGUGGCGUCGGAGUACUGGGGGAGGGGGAUCGCGACGCGGGCGGUGAGGCUGGCGGCGAACGCGGCGUUCGUGGAGUGGGGCCACCUGGAGCGGCUGGAGGCGGUGGUGGACGUGGAGAACGCGGCGUCGCAGCGGGUGAUGGAGAAGGCCGGCUUCGUGAGGGAGGGGGUGUUGAGGAAGUAUUACUUGCUCAAGGGGAAGCCCAGAGAUGCCGUCAUUUUCAGCCUCUUGUCCACGGAUGCUACUGUUAAUUAUUUCAUCGAUGCUUGAUGUGUUUCUAUUGUUUAUUUCGAUGACGACGACGAUGGUGAUGAUUCCAAUGAAAAUCUUCGAGGAAGUAGUAAACUAGUGAUUGUGUUUUGUUUAUGUGUAUAGCAUUGUAAGAGAAAAUUAUAAAAAUUAUUUAUUUCGAGCUUUGAA